UGGACUCAUCAUCAGUCAUCGGAGGCUUCCGAUGGAAAACACGGCGGUGCUAAGAGAGUGGUACGACCGAGUUGAUUCCGACAAAACCGGCGGCAUCACUGCAACACAGCUCCAGACCGCAUUUGGUAUUGGUAACCUACAAUUUCCUCUCUCUGUUGUCCAACAGAUGAUCAGGAUGUACGAUUUUGACAGAAAUGGAACUAUGAGUUUCCCAGAAUUUGUUGAACUCAACAAGUUUCUUUUGAAGGUUCAACAAGCCUUUGCAGACUUGGAGAGGGGUCGUGGAUAUCUUGUUCCAGACGAUGUCUACAAGGGGUUGGUGAAGAUUGGAAUCUCACUUGACUCUCCUGCAUUCUACACUGUCUGCGAGAGUUUUGAUCAGAAGAGGAGUGGAAGAUUCAGACUGGAUGGCUUCAUAUCACUCUGUAUAUUUGUACAGUCUGCGCGGAACCUGUUUAGUUCAUUUGAUACAAGUAAUCAAGGAAGAGUGACUCUUGAUUUAAAUCAGUUUAUUUACUGCACUGCAAAUUGCAGAAUAUGAUAAGCGCGGACAUUUAAGCAUGAGCGAUCAUUAGUCGCAAAGGGUAAAAGCAGGCGAGCAUUUUGAUUUAGCAGUGCAAGGGGAUUCCUGUUUGCUUCUGCAUUAUUCUCUUUCAAAACUUCCGUUCUCCCAUAAUUGCGAGUCUUUAUUUCAUUGAUCUUUGGAGAGUCUUAUUAGAUCAAAGA